CAGCUGUUGGGAAGAAACUAGAGCUGCAAGGUUUCGUGAACUCAGCAGUUAUGUGCUGGGGGAGGUGGAUCAUUGGUUCUUAGGCACGUAUGCUGAAUGUAACAGUAACUUGACUUGAUACAUGAUCGAUCUGAUUCCGAGGCUUUAGCGACGCUGGAUUCUAGUUAGUGGGUCAGCGUUGUCAAUGCCCUGUACACUGCGCCAUAAACGGAGUGGAAGGUGUUGACAGUUUUUUGUGCUCUCAUUUGUCAUUUAAUCUGAUGUUUAGUUUUCAAGUUCAUAUAUUUCAGAGUCGCCGUGGAAAUGUAGUUUUAGUCCAGUGUAUUGAAGUAUCUGCACCGCUAGAGGGCGCAACGUCCAUUUGAUCACACAGGCGAGUCUGUCUUUCUGCAGCGGCCAUCGCUGUUUUGUUUUUGUCGUGAUAGGAGUCCUUCACAUAUUCACUCCUCAUAUUUUUCUAUUGGGUUACUUUUAUUAAAAAAUGGGGCAUUUUUAAUGACAGUCAUAUAAAAUCAGCUUAACAAUAAUUUGUUCUGUGCCGAGUUCACAAAAAAGGCCAGUCUGGUCAGUCCGUUCAUAAAGGUCGGAUGACAGGUGGGCAUUUUGGGUUUUACUCUAAACAGACAAAAUGAGCGACAACGUUCAUCUUAGUUUAGCGAACACGGGUAAAGACGGCCAAACCUCGGCAGCCGCGGACAGCAACGACCAGGACCAGGAGAGCUUCCCGUACGACGCGGAAGAUCCGGGCGAAGAGAGCGACGCGCCGGAGGCGAGAGACGGCGCGGUCAGUCCGGAGGAGCUCAACGACGACGAGACGUCCGGAGAGAGCGAGAACGUGCCCAAGACCUGCAUCUAUGACGGCUGCACCGAGACCACGACGCAGGUGGCCAAAGCCAGGAAGCCCUGGAUGUGCAAAAAACACCGGAAUAAAAUGUACAAGGACAAGUACAAGAAAAAGAAAAGCGACCAGGCCAUGUCGUCGGGAAAACUAGACGAGAGUUCGGAGGAGAGGCCUGUAUCUGUUACUAAGCAACGGCUGGGUACCAUAGGAGACAGACCCGCCAGACCGUCCCUCAUCGAGCAGGUGCUGAACCAGAAGAGACUGUCUCUGCUGAGGAGUCCAGAAGUCAUCAGUUUCCUUCAGCAGCAGCAGCAGCGUUUACUGACCACACAGAAUCGAGCUCAAACACAGCACAACUACUGAAGAUGUUUUACUCAUCCUGUUGAUGAUUUAAUGCAGCCACAUUUUCAAUGACAUUUUUACAACGGCAGUAUUCUAUACUCAUGUGAGAACCAUUAGCAUCUGUGACCUACAGCCAUCCUUGAUGGUGAGGAGACUAUCAACACUGCAUUCUGAGAACUUGGAUAUUUGACAAGGAUCUGAUUGAUCUGAAGUACUUCUGUCAUCAUCAAUCUCUUUGAGAUCAUGAAAUGAAUUAGCAGCUAAAUCUACUAUAUAUAUAUCAACAAUCCAUUUGAAUAAGCACCCUGUUCGGCCACAUGUAGUGUCUUUUUGGAUUUUUUAAUUAUUGAUAGAAAAUAUGAAAUGGCAGCUGUUAUCAAAAGAAUAUUUAGUGAUCAAUCCUAUCUGUAAUAAUGUCACCAGUGAAAGCUACAGUUUAGUUUCACCUUUUUUGCCACAUCUUGACCGUGUAGCUGAAAGUAACAUCACACAAACAGAAUUGUUCAUCAGCUUUAUUAUUAUUUUAAACAUGGUGUAAACUCAGUAAGUUGCUGAGGGCGUUCCAAUGAAGUUUUAUUGAUCUUGUGCAGUUUUCAGCUUUAAAAGCAUUAAUACUUAAGGAUUUUUCAGGUCAGAAAAUAAACAGGCAGAAAUAGAAGGGAGUUUUUUGUAUUACAAGAACAAGAAAGCUAACGCAAAUGCAAAACAACAUGAAAUGUUAUAGAAGACACAUAUUAGCCAAAAUAUGACACAAAUAAACCAUUUCCAGAACAAGUACCUGCCUAACACAUUUCUUUGGCUUCCUAUUGGAGAGUUUCUGUCUGAAUUGAUCUCAGCUACUACAUACUGUGAAGUAGUAGUGUUUUUUCUUUAUUAAAAU